AUGCUUUAUAGAGAGUUACAUGGAUUAUAUAAGAAGGCACUUCAAAAAGCAUUUCUAAGUGAAUCAAAUUCUCAGCAACUAAAAGAAUUAUUACAGGAUUUUAAUAAUGAUAUUAAUGAAGAAUCAGAAAGUCUGAUAAUG